AUGGUGACGGGCGUUGGGGGCCAAGGACUUCGGGAAGCCCGUCUCCAGAGGCCACCUCUGACCCGGAACAGGAAGUGGUGGCGGAGCGUAACCUCUGACCCCCCCGUGACACGGAAGGGAAAGGGGACAGCGACUAAGAUGUUUGACAGGAGCAAGCCAACUGAUGAAGCCUCUGCUUCUUCAGCACAAGGUACAGAAAGACGAGGUAUUGAAACCUCCCUACAACAGGAAAGCAGUAGCAGUGCUGGGAUACAAGUGACAGAGCAGGCUGGACCUGGGCUAUCCAAUGUACAAAACAGACAAGGCUAUUGCAACUGCUGCCAUGUACACUACAGCAAUCUUGAACAGCAUGUUUUCAGUUCCCAGCACAGACGUUUCACCAUGAACUGCAGGAAUCGCACAGGUACCACUAGCCUGAUGGAGCGUUUCCUGCAAGAUGUUCUGCAACAUCAUCCCCACAGAUACCAUGAUAACAGAUUGGCUCCCUCUACACAUUGUGUUAUAUCUGCUGACUUUGAUAACUAUGACCUCAAUCCUGUACAUUUAACUACCAACAUACGAUGACAUGCCAUUUCCCAUCUCUCCAAUGGCUCCCCGGGAUGUUUUCCUGCUUCCAGAAGAGAAGGAGAAAAAGGUGGUAAGAAGCAGACGGGAGAUACCUGGCACAGACAGUGAAUCCAUUGUUAAAUCAUGCUCCCCUUCUCCUUGCAGAUCUCAGGAGGGCAUAAAGUUGAUUUCUGUGCCAGAGACAUUUAUCCAAAAACUAAAGAGGGGACAGGAACACAUCUUAGAAAUAUCCCAGCAAACUUUGGACAUCUGUAACAGUGUGAAAAAUCAUAGACUAACUGAUGGUGCUCAAAUUGCAAAUAGUAGCCAUAGUGGCCAGUUUACAGCUAUGAG